AUGGAUCCACUGCAAGCAGCCCACCUGGGUCCUCGGAAGAAGAGGCCCAGGCAGACGGGCACCUCGGUGGGCACCACAUCUCACGACAUCAGGUUUCGAGACUUGGUCCUCUUCAUUUUGGAGAAGAGAAUGGGCACGACUCGAAGAGCCUUCCUCAUGGAGCUGGCCCGGAGGAAAGGGUUCAGGGUGGAAAGCGAGCUCAGUGAUUCUGUUACCCACAUUGUGGCAGAGAACAACUCAGGGUCAGAUGUCCUGGAGUGGCUCCAGCUACAGAACGUCCAAGCCAGCUCCGAGCUCGAACUCCUUGACGUCUCCUGGCUGAUUGAAUGCAUGGGAGCUGGGAAACCCGUGGAGACGACAGGAAAGCAUCAACUUGUUGUGAGGAGAGAUUCUUCCCUGAGUCAUGCCCCAGACUCCCAGAACAUUCCACCACCGACUGAACAAAAGAUCUCCCAAUAUGCUUGCCAGAGAAAGACCACAUUAGACAACUGUAACCAAGUAUUCACGGAUGCCUUUGAUAUCCUGGCUGAAAAUUACGAGUUUAGAGAGAACGAAGGCUGUUAUGCGGCACUCAUGAGAGCGUCUGCUGUCCUGAAAUCGCUGCCAUUUCCCAUUGUUAGCAUGAAAGACACGGAGGGAAUUCCCUGCCUAGGGGACAAGGUGAAGUGUAUCAUAGAGGGAAUUAUUGAAGAUGGGGAAAGUUCUGAAGUUAAAGCUGUGUUGAAUGAUGAACGAUACAAAUCCUUCAAACUCUUUACGUCUGUGUUUGGAGUGGGGCUGAAGACAGCUGAGAAGUGGUUCCAGAUGGGGUUCCGAACUCUUAGUAAAAUCAAGUCAGACAAAAGCCUGCGCUUUACACGAAUGCAGAAAGCAGGAUUCCUCUACUACGAAGACCUUGUUAGCUGUGUGAACAGGGCAGAAGCAGAGGCCACCAGCGUGCUAGUCAAGGAGGCGGUUGCAGCAUUUCUUCCAGAUGCCUUGGUCACCAUGACUGGGGGGUUCCGCAGGGGUAAGAUGACUGGGCAUGAUGUAGACUUUCUAAUUACCAGCCCAGGAGCCACAGAGGAAGAAGAGCAGCAACUCCUGCAUAAAGUGACAGACUUAUGGGGACAGCAGGGGUUGCUUUUGUACUGUGACCUCAUAGAGUCGACAUUCGAAAAGUUCAAGCUGCCGAGCAGGAAGGUGGAUGCCCUCGACCACUUCCAGAAAUGCUUCCUGAUUUUGAAGCUACACCACCAGAGAGUGGGCAGUGGCAAGAGCAGCCAGCAGGAAGGAAAGGACUGGAAGGCCAUCCGUGUAGAUUUGGUCAUGUGCCCCUAUGACCGCCGGGCCUUCGCGCUGCUCGGAUGGACUGGCUCCAGGCAGUUUGAGAGAGACUUGCGGCGUUACGCCAGCCAUGAGCGGAAGAUGAUUCUGGACAAUCAUGCUCUGUAUGACAAGACCAAGAGGGUGUUUCUUGAAGCAGACAGUGAAGAAGAGAUCUUUGCCCACCUGGGACUGGAUUAUAUUGAACCAUGGGAAAGAAACGCCUAA